UGCUAAUGAAAUGCUACCCAAGUAACGCUCAAACAAUCCAUUCUACAAGACCGGAUCCCAGCUUUCAGAAACCCCGUUGAUCCCACAUGCAAGAGCAGCGCAUCAAUUGGAAACGAACUAGAAGCAAAUGAAGCUGAUUGACCAGUCAUCAGAAGGUGCUCGGGCAUCCACACAUAAAUGUUCCCAGUUAUUUACACCCAGCUGCCCGGCGCCAUAUUGGAAACAAAAAUGGCGGCGGCGAAGAUGGCCCCACAUUUGGAAAUACUGUGAAAAAAAACAAAAAGAGGAAUACCAUUUGUCUUGGUUCAGAAGUUACUAAUAUGAUUAAGUUUUUCCUCUUGGUGAACAAGCAAGGGCAAAUGAGACUCACUCGGUAUUAUGAACCCAUGGAAAUCCACAAAAGAACACUGUUGGAAGCUGAUAUCAUUAAGAAUUGCCUCCCACGAACAAAGGACCAGUGUUCCUUUGUUGAGUACAAGGAUGUUAAGCUGGUGUAUCGUCAGUAUGCUGCACUCUUUGUUGUGAUCGGGAUUGAUGAUGCAGAGAAUGAACUGGCAGUGUAUGAACUUAUACAUAAUUUUGUCGAGGUUUUGGAUAAUUACUUCAGUAGAGUGUGUGAAUUGGAUAUCAUGUUUAAUUUAGACAAAGUGCACAUCAUUCUGGAUGAAAUGAUUUUGAAUGGUCGUGUUGUGGAGACAAACAAAAGCAGAAUCCUUGCUCCUCUACUUGCGCUUGACAAAAUGACUGAAAGCUAAAACAAAGAAGAUGCAAACUGCUCAAAAACUGCACCACUCAUUCGUAAUGUUUUUUUCCUAACAUGUAAGAUGCUGCUUUAUGAAUGGUUAUGGAUGUCCUGAAUUUUACCACAAUAAACAAACUUGCUUAUAAAAA